UGCGAUUCUGUAACUCUUAGCAAUAAAAAAAUUGUUAGGUUACAUAACAACUUUUGCCGUUUGCACUAACAAUUGUGUGAUUCUCUAACUCUUGCUUAACAGCGAAAAACAGCUGAUUAUUCCUUUUUAUUUAAAAUAUAGAAAUGUGGCAUCUCAGUCGAGAUAAAUGUCAAAUAUGCGAAAAGUACAAAGAGGAAUAAGAAAAAAAACUUAUUUCCUUCCCGCGGAAACGGAAUUUUUAGCGCCAGCAACGUAUUGCAAUUUUAAAAGGAUGUCUAUCCAGCCGACGAAAAGGAGCCGUGCAUCGGGGGAGCAGUUGAGCGCGAUGCUUGACUUUCUGGGUGAAAACCCGAAUGUGGCGAGCGGCAAGUUCCAGAAGCUCCAUGGCAAGUUGGAGAACACCAAGAAGUGGGCAGAGAUGGCAGAUAAAUUGAAUUCUCUUGGGGGGGCUGCCAAAUCUGUGGAGCAAUGGCAAAAUGUCUGGCGCGACCUAAAAAGUCGAACAUCGACGCGAGUUCGUGAUCGUAAGAGGGAGCAAGCAUUGACGGGGAAUAUACCGCUUCAACAGCCUCCCUUGAACGAAUUGGAGAAGCGGGUAGUAGCUCUAGUGGGAAGCAGCUAUAUGGAGGGGCAACCGGAUGUCCAGGAGAAUAUUCCCAUGGAAGAGGAACUGCAAUUAACAUUGGGGGCGGCGGAUGAAAAUUUCCGCUUAGUCAUGGAGGAAGACACCAUGGUAAUUCCUCCACUAACGGUGUCGGAUAGCGAGUCGGAAAUUCGGUGCGAAACUCCGAAAACGCCGAGGCAAACACCGCGCAGAACCGCUAAGCGGAAACGUGCGGAAGAAUCGCCAACAAAGGCGAAAUUUUUAAGAAUUGCCGAGGCACAGGCCGAAUCAGAAAAGAGGCUUGCUGAAAGUGCUGCAACCAACGCGGAGGCCAACCGCUCCAAUGCUGAGGCAAUAAGCAGAAUGGCUGCUGCCACAGAGCGAAUGGCUACCGUAACUGCAACAAUGGCAGAGGCCUUCACGGUGUUGGCGGAGGGGGUGAAAGCUUGUGCGCAUGCUUUCGCCCAGUUUACUAAUUCACUGGGCCCUCCCCAAUAGAUAUAAAUUGUUUGUGUAUAUACUUUUCUUUUUCUUUUUUAAGGUUCAUUAAUUUUUUGUUAAAGUUAAGCUCCUUAGCUAACAAAACCAAUAUAAGUCCAAAUUUGAGACUUUGUACAAAAAUUACAAAAAUUCCACAAACUGUUCUUCACAAUUCCAAGCAUUUUAAUUUUGAUUU